CCUACCUAUUGAACCUUGGUUGGAUCCCCUUUGAAUUCUUCACCAAAUUUUUAUUUACUGGGUUUGCUUGAUCAUUUCAAAGGGGUCCAACACUUGGGUGUAGACAAAGAUAUUCAUAUAAGAAUCAUUGUCUUUAAAUUUGUAUAUAUAUAUAUAUACAUAUAUAUAUAUAUAUUUUUCCUAAGAAUACUUUUGGAUUUUUGGGAUGUGGAGAGAUCCUGGGGCUCCCGCUGAUUCUUUUUAUGAAACUCGUCCUGAGUGCACCGAUGUUCCCAAGUCUCGAUUUAGGAUCAAGGCUGGCAAAACAUUAAGUGCAAGAAAAUGGCAUGCUGCAUUUUCUCCAGAAGGGUAUUUAGAUAUAGGCAAGACUCUGAGUCGAAUCCAUCGUGGGGGAAUCCAUCCAUCAAUUAGAGGAGAAGUUUGGGAAUUUCUACUUGGUUGCUAUGAUCCCAAGAGUACAUUUCAAGAAAGAGAUGAGAUAAGACAACGUCGUAGGGAGCAAUAUGCUAAUUGGAAGGAAGAAUGUCGUAAGUUGUUUCCUCUCAUAGGAAGUGGUAGAUUUAUCACAGCACCUGUAAUUACUGAAGAUGGUAGACAGGUUCAAGAUCCCUUGGUUUUGUUAGAAAAUAAUCCAAAUAAUGGAUUGGUUAUACCCACGGAGGUUACCACUAAUGAUACAAAUAACUUAAAAAAGGUGACAGACAAAGGAGUAAUUCAAUGGAUGUUAACGCUCCAUCAAAUAGGUCUUGAUGUGAUACGCACUGAUAGAACAUUGAUUUUUUAUGAAAAGAAAGAGAACUUAUCAAAACUUUGGGAUAUUCUCAGUGUUUAUGCUCGAAUAGAUUCAGAUGUUGGCUAUGGUCAAGGAAUGAGUGACCUAUGCUCUCCUAUGAUAAUACUUCUUAAUGAUGAGGCUGAUGCAUUUUGGUGCUUUGAGCGUUUGAUGCGUCGAUUGCGAGGAAAUUUUAGAUGCACUGAUAACUCUGUUGGUGUUGAGGCUCAAUUAAGUACUUUGGCUACUAUCACUCAAGUAAUUGAUCCAAAACUUCAUCAACAUAUAGAACAUAUUGGUGGAGGUGACUAUCUAUUUGCUUUUCGGAUGAUAAUGGUUCUAUUUCGACGAGAAUUCUCUUUUUGCGAUUCGUUGUACCUUUGGGAGAUGAUGUGGGCUCUAGAAUAUGAUCCCGAUUUGUUUUGGAUGUACGAGGAUGAUGAUGACAAAUCUGAGGAAUCUAAAGGAAGAUUAAAGUCAUUGCGCCACUAUGGAAAGUAUGAAAGAGAAAAUAUGAAAAAUGGAGCAAAGAAUGGUGAAGAUCCCCCCCUUCCCAUAUCUGUUUUCCUUGUUGCUAGUGUACUAAAAGACAAAAGCACAAUGUUACUCCAGCAAGCAAAAGGCUUGGAUGAUGUUGUCAAGAUAUUGAAUGAUGUAAAUGGAAAUCUUGAUGCUAAAAAAGCUUGUGUGGCUGCAUUAAAACUUCACAAGAAAUAUUUGAAAAAGGCUAAGAAUCCUUAGCACCAAAUAUAACCCGCCAUAUUUGUUUUUCCACUAACCAACGGUGGUGUUGAUGUGCCCUUUAUUUGGAAGACAAUAUUAGAUCUUCUAAAUAAAUCUAGAUUAUGUUUAAUAGAAAAGUAACUAUGGUUGUACACAAUAUCAUUAUGUACAACCAUUUGUUCAUACUUUGUGAUGUAUUUUAUAUGAUAAAAAUGGGGGAAACAAAAAGCAUGUUCUUGCCAUCAAUAUUGUAUUAUACUGUUUAGUAAAAUGAUUUUUUUUACUUC